AUGGCACCAAAUCCCAAAGUAGCGGAGGCGAUCUCCAACGCCGAGUCUUAUUCUGGAGAGAAGGGACCUCUCUACGAGCAACUGCUCUCCGAAAUUAAGAACAUUUCAUCCCCGUCCACCGCUACCGACGACCUAAAUGCUGUCGUCGACUCCUUCUUUAACCAGGCGCUCGGCGUCGUGGCCACGCGAACCGUCCUCGCGUCUUUUAUUGCGACACUCCGAGAACUAAAGAACGAGGAUAUGUGGAUCGAGGUUGGGAAUCGAACGCUAAACACCAUCGCGGCCCAGCCAUCAUCUUCUUCCUUCGUUGAUGCCGUCGCCACUAUCCGUGAGCUCAUUGCAACGGCCCACGAAAGCAACGGUGAUUUCCUUGAUGCUGCAAAGACUCUAGCCGAUAUUCCCCUUGACAGUUCUCAGCGCAAGAUCACCGAUGAGGAGAAAGCUCGCACAUGGAUUCGCAUCGUUCGAAACUAUCUCGAAGUCGACGACUCUACGGCCGCCGAGAUGUAUAUCAACAAGCUCAAGAACAUCAUGCAUACCGUAUCUGAUCAAGAACUAAACUUGCACUUCAAACUCUCACAAGCCCGCAUUCUGGACGCUCAGCGCGACUUUUUAUCCGCAUCUCAACGAUAUCACGAGAUCAGCUUCUCGCCUGCGAUUGACGAAGAGGAACGCUUACAUACGCUCAGUAUGGCGGUGAAAUGUGCUGUUCUGGCACCCGCUGGUCCCAUGAGAAACCGAACGUUAAGUCGCCUCUACAAAGAUGAGCGUUCGUCGCAACUUGAGGAAUUUGGUAUACUGGAAAAGAUGUUCCUUGACCGGCUGUUGUCACCUGAAGAGGUUGACAAGUUUGCAGAGGGGCUGCAGCCACAUCAGCUGGCAACUACAUCAGAUGGCUCCACGGUACUCGCCAAGGCUGUCGUCGAGCACAAUCUUCUUGGCGCAUCCAGACUUUACAACAAUAUUAGAUUCGAGGCCCUGGGAACACUAUUGGGCCUGGAUGCUGACAAGGCUGAAGAGACCACUGCACGUAUGAUUGAGCAGGGCCGUUUAGUCGGACGUAUGGAUCAGAUUGAUGGCAUUGUGUACUUUGAGGGUGGCGAGGCAUCUGGAGAGAAGGGUAGUGGGCGAGCAGAAAUUAUUGUUGGAAAAGAAAUGCGAAAUUGGGAUGCCAACGUCGAGAGUUUGGCCGAGGAGGUGGAGAAUGUCACCAAUGCGCUGCAAAAGGAGUUUCCCGAAUUUGUUGCCGCAACCCUUGUUGUAUGA